AUGGGGGCUGAUCGGCCGGAGAGGAGGGUGAUGGAGGAGUUGCUGCUUCAAGGGCAGAGCGCGGCGGUCCAGUUCCAGCUUCUGCUCAAGAACCCGCCGAGUCGGGACGGUUCCGAUCGCUCCGGGCCGUCGCCCGAUGAGCUGCUGGGGAAGAUCUUGAGAUCCUUCGACGAAGGCCUCUCUGUCCUCGGCUCUUGCCGCGAGUCUGCGUGUGCUGGUCACGACCGCCAGGUCUCGCCGUGCUCCGGCGAGUCCAGCAAGAGCAAGAAGAGGGUCGAUCUGAAGGGUCGGAGGGGUUGUCACAAGAGGAGGAAGGCAUCUCAGGCGUGGAUGACAGUCUCUUCCACUGUUGAAGACAAUCAUGCAUGGAGAAAAUAUGGCCAAAAGGUGAUCCUCAACGCCAAGUACCCAAGGAGCUACUUCAGGUGCACGCACAAGCAUGACCAAGACUGCAAAGCGCUCAAACAGGUCCAAAGAAUGGAGGAGGAUCCUCAGAUGUUCCACAUCACAUACAUUGGAGUCCACACCUGCAGCAGGGACAACAUCAAGGUUCCACGAAUGCUCAUCACAGAUUCCGACACUUGUGUCGGUGAAUCUUUCCCCGUAAAGCAAGAGCUCAGGGAAGAAGCCAAAAGCGACCUAACCAACGACAAUGUUUCGUCCAGGGACUCCUUUCUCCUCGCGGGUCUUGAGUCGUGUCAUCAUCAGCCAAAUGACCCAGCUUCAGUUUCCUCAGCAAGGAUGGGUUUUGGGGAUGUUGACGAUUCUCUUGGCUACGAGUUGGAAUUUCUGCGAAGCGGUGUUAGCUUCGACGACGAAUUCCCCAUUGAGGACACUGAGUUCCUUUGCCAGUGAGGUGAGAGAGCAUAGAAAUUAACUUUGGUGUAAAUAAAAGCCCAGUUUAGUCUGGGAAGUGCCUUUGAUCUUUCCUUUUGUUCCAUGGGAAAUAACAGCUUUCUAUGAAAGGAUGGUGUUGCUUGUCGGAUUAAUUACAUGGUGAAUGAUUACGAUGGAUCCUUUUGUUUGC